AUGGAUACUUGCGACCCUGGCAUUAUUGGUACGCUCGAGACCUUGGCCGACUUGCGCGAAGAUGGGCGCCGUCGAUUCGUCAAGCGCCGCACAAAGGAGGAGCUGGAGGAUAUCUUUGUGGCUCUCUUUCAAGAACAGGAUAUGGAGAAAGUCAAAGAAGAGGGCCGAGAUCUCCCAACGUCUAAGAAGUCUGUCUGGGAUCAGAUUGAUUCGUUUGAGGACUCGGACGAUGAUUGCUGUACCCCAACGCAUACCGCAACCAUGCAGGGACGCAAGCUACGCAACUCCGCCGCGACGAAGAAUGGAGCUGCAAGCUCUUCUCCAUUCCGAUCUGUACAGAAGGAAGUAGCGUACAAACACAUCAUGGGCAGGCAACCCUCGACACUCCCGAUGAGAAUCGCAAAAAAGGACACCAAGAGGCCCGACCAAAACAAAGAUGCCAAGUUGUCCGUCGUGCUCCACGUCCCCGGUAACUAUAACGAUGUACACUUUCCCGGAAUCGAUCAGCUGCCGGUCAUUGUCCACUCGGAGCUCAAGCGCCGCCUCGACAAACAUCUCAUUGGGUCAGCAUACAAGACGUACGCGUUCGACCGUCUGUCUAAAAACCCGAGCUUCUACGAGGACAGGCCAUUGUGUAUCUACGAGCAAGUCAGGUGUGGUCUAAGGAACAAGGAAUUCGGAAAACCAGUGAAGCUCCAGGCCUUUACACAAGGAGGAAGGCUGGGUCUGCGAGCCGACGACAAAUGUAUUGAAGAAGGCAUUCCUUGCGCGCAUAUCAAAAAGCUGGAUGGUGAGUAUGUCUUUUGCAUCGUCCCGCUCCCGAAGGAUGCGCAAAAGAGUGUGAAUUGGAAGGAGCUUGGCUUCUGGGUUGUGGAGUAG